AUGGAACACAUUAAGCAAGCAUUCUCACGAGCAGCUCAGCAGCAGCGCGCGGCUCUAGUGGCCUACAUCACUGCAGGAUAUCCUACCAUUGAAGACACAGUCGAUAUUCUCCUUGGCCUAGAAAAUGGUGGUGCUGCAGACGUUAUCGAGCUCGGUGUCCCAUUCACUGACCCUAUCGCGGAUGGGGCAGUAAUCCAGGCCGCAAAUUCAAAAGCACUGGCCAACGGCGUCACAAUCUCAACUGUGUUGGCACUGGUUCGAGAAGCACGAACGAGAGGCGUCACAGCGCCAAUUUUGUUAAUGGGAUAUUAUAACCCUAUUUUGCGCUACGGCGAGAAGAACAUGGUUCGUGACUGCAAGAAGGCAGGGGUUAGUGGCUUUGUGAUGACGGACCUUCCACCAGAGGAGGCUGGCUACUUUCGCGGUCUUUGCAUUUCGAGUGGUCUUUCGUUCAUUCCAUUGAUCUCUCCCGCGACGCCCGAACCACGCGUGAAGACUUUGUGUGAAAUGGCUGAUUCGUUCGUUUAUGUGAUUUCGAGGAUGGGCGUUACUGGUGCUGCCGAUCAACAGGUCAAUGGUCUUUCAAGACUCAUGGACCGAGUCAGGAGCUGGUCGGUGGAUCUCCCAACAGCGGUCGGGUUUGGGGUAAGCACAAGAGAGCACUUCUUGGCUGUGCAGGAUAUUGCCCAGGGCUGCGUGAUUGGCAGUCAGAUAAUCAGUGUGGUAGGCAGAGCGCCUCCUGGUAUGGCUGCCGAACAUGCUGAAGAGUACCUGGCGGGUAUUACCGGGCGUAGACUCGGAAGGGAUGGGCAUGGGAUGUCGCUGGACGCGGUUGGAGAUGUUGAUAAAGGCCUGGCCAAACCAAAGAUACAAUUCCAGGAUGAUGAUGAUGAUCUUCCAUCCCAAGCCUCUCCAGCCCCAAGAGUAUCUGGGAUCUCCCCCAAUCCAGGGUCAAGGUUUGGCGAGUUUGGCGGCCAGUACGUCCCCGAAUCUCUGCUAAAGUGUCUAGCGGAACUGGAGGCCGGUUUUAAGGACGCACGACAGGAUCCUGUCUUCUGGGAUGAGUACCAUGCUCAGUACGCCUAUAUUGGCAGACCCAGCAACCUACACCUAGCCGAGCGCCUCACUGAGCAUGUAGGGGGAGCGAAUAUUUGGCUAAAGCGGGAGGACCUGAACCAUACAGGGAGCCACAAAGUUAACAAUGCCCUAGGUCAGAUCCUCCUGGCACGAAGACUAGGCAAAACUCGAAUCAUUGCCGAGACGGGUGCUGGGCAACAUGGCGUCGCAACGGCAACUAUCUGCGCCAAGUUUGGUCUCAAAUGCACCAUAUAUAUGGGGGCGGAAGAUACUCGCCGUCAGGCACUGAACGUGUUUCGGAUGAAGCUUCUUGGUGCCGAAGUUGUGGCCGUGGAGACGGGGAGCUGCACUCUUCGCGAUGCAGUCAGCGAGGCCCUUCGAGCUUGGGUUGCCAGUAUAGACAGGACACAUUAUGUGCUGGGAUCAGUGGCCGGACCUCAUCCAUUUCCAACCAUAGUGCGAACUUUCCAGUCGGUGAUUGGAGAAGAGACCAAACAACAGCUACAUCAGGCUAUAGGGGGGCUCCCUGACGCUGUUGUUGCCUGCGUUGGUUGUGGCAGCAAUGCCUCGGGGAUGUUCCACCCGUUCAUCAAGGAGCCCGUGCAGCUCUUGGGUGUCGAAGCUGGCGGGGAUGGACUUGAUACAUUGCGGCAUUCAGCGACACUCAGCCAGGGAAGCAAGGGUGUUCUCCACGGGGUAUACACCUAUAUCCUGCAGGAUCAGGAGGGCCAGAUUGCCCCAACUCAUUCCAUCUCUGCAGGAAUGGAUUACCCAGGAGUUGGCCCGGAACUGAGUUCCUGGAAAGACAGCCAGAGGGCGCGGUUCAUAGCUGCCACAAAUGCCGAAGCAUUGAUGGGAUUCCGCGCUCUGGCACAAUACGAAGGGAUCUUGCCCGCUCUGGAAUCCUCUCAUGCCGUGUACGGGGCAAUGAAACUGGCCGAGACAAUGACCAAAGGCAAAAAUAUUGUCGUCAGCCUGAGUGGGCGAGGGGACAAGGACGUACAGAGCAUUGCUGACAGUCUCCCCCGGCUGGGUCCAGAAAUUGGGUGGGAUCUGCGAUUUUGA